GGCAGAAUAGGUACACUGGCAAAGAACUACAGGGAACAAUAAGGGGAGCAGUAGCUAGAAAAAGGCUGAAAGCCCCAGAGCAACAGAAACAAAGUCCAGGAUGUUCAGCCUGCUCUGGUCCCACCUGCCAAUAGUCUGGCUAAUGCUGAGUCAGUUCCUCCGAGAAAGCUCCACUCAGUGGAUAAAUGAUGAAAAGAAGAAGUUAUGUGGCAAUGAAUUUGAUGAGGCCCUCGUAAUCGCCUGCUUGGAAGCUGAUAACAGAAUCUCCAAAAUCCAGGUGGACCAGCUAGAAGAAUCUGGAUCGCUCACAAAAACAGUAUCAUCCUCCAUUGACGAAGAUGCAGGAACCUUUGGUAUGAUGUCAGAAUCCAUUCCUAAUAUGCCAAAGGACAUGAUGUAUGAAGGACAGACACCAUUCUGGAAGGACCCCCUUUUCCAGGCAAAGAGAAGUCUACUUAAUAUCAUUGAAAAAUGUUGCGAUGAAGGUUGUGACAGAAAAUCUCUUCUUGAAGCAUGCAGAUAGAGUGAUUCGGACUUCUCACCUAGCUUCAUGUGUAUUCUCCAAGCACAUUCAAUGAUGCUCAGUUCA